AUGCUUGAGAAGGCAUCUAAUCUGGUGGGAAAGAAGAGGAGGAAAGCGUCGUCGCCAUUUACACAUGCCUGGAAGAAUCAUCCGCGGGGGUAUCCGAUGUUGGCGGAGCGCAUCGCAGUAAAGCCCGAAACAGGUAUUUACCGUCGAUUCGACGCCCUCAAUGCUCGACACCUACUCUAUCUCCAAGCAGAACUUUGUAUCCUGGAGAAAGACAUACAGGAGCAGGAGAAAUCGGACAGAAAUGAUAAAUGCGGGAAACGGACGACCUUCGCCACGGAUUACCAAAGAAUGUUGGAAAGACCGUCAGAUGAGGAGAAUCCACAACUCGAGUUGAUUCAGGAGAUGCAUGAAAAGUUGAACAGGUACAACAAAGCGCUCAUACAGCUGUCUAUACUCCACAAGUUGGAAAGGCCGGACAGUUUCGACCUCAACGAUAUCCAGUGGUUCCUGCAAAGCAAGGAUCUUGAGCCAGACUUUCUCGUAGGCGGGGACUCAAGGACGUGGGGCUUCCCGGACGAGCCCGAUGACCACCCACCCGACCUUGUUGGCGUCCGUCAGCGCAAGAAAGAAGACGACUUCUCUCGCUUCAUAUCGGAGAAUGCGAUACACCUCUUCAAGUGCGGCCUCGGCCGUCUAAAAAAGGACGACGCACAUCUGGGUAGAAAGGUGUACUAUGAUUCCACUGUGCUGAGGGUAACAUCUUGGAUGACGUGUAUCUUGGCGUCGAUGCUGCCUAUUGCUUCGAUACUAGUCCUGGUACAUCUCGAAUCGCUAAAGACGAAACUCUUGGUGGUUGGUAUUUUCAACGUACUGACAAGCGUAUGCCUAAGGACGUUUACCGGUGCUACACGCUCUGAGGUCUUUUCUGUGACAGCUGCGUGA